AAAGAGGAAUAACACCAAUCCAGCUCCACAGAUAACAUUGGACUGGAUACCCAGUGACAUCUCAGCGGCUUCCACACCUCUGGCCUUAUGCAGAAAAUUCUGAGCACACCUGAUUUAGACCGGACCAGGCUGUGUAUUAUGUACAGUCGCUGAUCUCUGAGAUGGCCGUGUGGGUCCGACAGGCCCAAACAUCCCCCCUGCAGCGCUGCCUCUACCUUAUUCAGGUCCAGCGGCCCACCCUGAGUGUCUGAUCGGCCCAGUCCUGCUAACACCCACCCUGGGCUUCCCUCUCAUCGGGCCACCUGGCUUCACUCCGGGCCCACCAUGGGAGGAUGCCUCUCCAAACCCAAGCCAGUAGAGGUCAAAGUUGAGCUCACUCUUUUGGACAAAGAGAAAGAGGUGGACCUGAUGUCUCCUAAUGGAAAGGCCAGUCCAUUUUCAGAAUGCAGACUCAACGGAUCUCUGGGACACUGUUCAGACGAGGACACCAUGACACUGCGGCCACACCAUAAACACAGAGAUUACAUAGAAGCAUCUGUCUGCCAUGUAAAAGACCUUGAGAAUGGACAAAUCCGUGAGGUGGAUUUGGGGGCUGGUCGUGCUCUGCUCAUUAAGGAACAUGGAGAAUUCUUUGCCAUGGGACACAAGUGCCCACAUUAUGGGGCUCCACUGGUCAAAGGUGUGCUAUCAAAAGGGCAUGUGCGAUGUCCAUGGCAUGGGGCAUGUUUUAACAUCACUACAGGUGAUAUUGAGGAUUUUCCUGGCCUAGACAGUUUGCCUACCUUCCAGGUCAGAGUCGAAAAGGAGAAGGUGAUAAUAAGAGCAAACAAGCAGGCUCUUCAGACUCAGCGGCGGUCAAAGGCCAUGUCAAAAUGUUCAGCUGUCAUCAAUUCCAGCACUGGAUUCAGCCAUGUUCUCAUUAUCGGAUCAGGUCCUGCUGGUCUGGUGUGCGCUGAGACUCUGAGGCAGGAGGGUUUCACUGACCGUAUAGUCAUGUGCACCAUGGACACACAUCUGCCUUAUGACAGGCCUAAACUGAGUAAGUGUUUAGAGAGCACAGCUGAGCAGCUUCAGCUGCGCUCAUCUGACUUCUUUCAAACGCACGACAUAGAGAUACUAUUAGAGAAAGAGGUUGUCUCUGUGGAUGUGAAGACACGGACUGUGACAUUUCGGGAUGGUUUUAAAAUGGAGUAUCGAAAACUCUUCAUUGCCACAGGGAGCAGACCCAAACCUCUGAGCUACAAAGGCAAAGAUGUGGGAAACGUGUUUCACCUCAGAACACCAGAAGAUGCGAACAGCAUCGCAACACUCGCCAGCAGUAAGAAUGCUGUCAUAGUUGGAACCUCAUUUAUUGGUAUGGAGGUGGCCGCAGCUCUCACAGAUAAGGCUCACUCAGUGUCUGUGAUCGGCAUAGAGGCCGUGCCAUUCCGUAAAGCACUCGGAGAAAAAGUGGGAAAAGCCUUGAUGAAGCUGUUCGAGUCAAACAGGGUGAAGUUCUACAUGUUGAACGAAGUGUGGGAGAUGCGAGGGCAUAAUGGACAGUUAAAAGAAGUGGUUCUAAAAAGUGGCAAAGUCUUGAGAGCUGACGUCUGUGUUAUUGGCAUAGGCUCCAGUCCAGCCACAGCAUUCCUGAAGCAGAGCGGAGUGCACAUGGACUCCAAAGGAUUCAUCCCAGUCAAUAAGACCAUGCAGACGAACAUUGACGGGGUCUUCGCUGGGGGUGAUGUGGUAACGUUUCCUCUAGCUCUACGUAGCAAUAAGAAGGUGAACAUACCCCACUGGCAGAUGGCUCACGUACACGGUAGAGUGGCUGCCCUUAGCAUGAUGGGAAAGGCCUCAGACAUUAAAACGGUGCCUUAUUUCUGGACAGCAAUGUUUGGGAAAAGCAUACGAUAUGCAGGUUAUGGAGACGGCUUUGAUGAUGUCGUCAUCCAGGGAGAUUUGGAUGAACUGAAAUUUGUGGCAUUCUACACAAAGAGUGAGGAGGUGGUGGCCGUGGCCAGUAUGAACUACGACCCCAUUGUGUCACGGGUUGCAGAAGUCUUUGGCUCUGGAAAGACGAUUAGGAAACGUGACGUGGAGACAGGAGACAUGUCAUGGCUGAUCGACAAAGGCUCGCAGUGAGGAUGUGAUCAGCUCAGCACAGCAAGCUCCUUGAGUUUUCCUUGCCAAACUUGGACGAUCUCCUGUAACAGACGUAGUCUUAGUGCUGCAGCUGGUUAAGUGGGAAACUAGAUGGGAGACGUACGCCGUCCUAACCCGAGCACCUGGGCCGUGCCGAGAACAUCGUCCCCGUGAGGUGGCACCUCUCUGGCCCUGGAUCCAUUCACAGCACUAACAAAUGAGCCAUACCUGGUUUUUAACCCUCCGUUCUAGACGGGACAGUUCUCUCUCUCUCUCUCUCGCUCUCUCUCGCGGGUUGGUCGAAUCUUUUGCAUGAAGCAUCUGCCUGUACACAAUGUUCACAGGAGAGCGGUUAAGGGGAAUUGUCAUAUUUUAUUUUGUACAUGUGACUUUGUAUAUAGCUGUUAACUGAAGAUACAUUCAAACAAUAAGACUGCACUUUUUUCUACUGAAUAGCCAGGCUAUGGGAAUGAGAACAGAGCUGAUGUCUGGCUCACAUCAAAAUAUGCAGCUUCGCUUGUGGCAGUUUGUAGAUGUAGAGAGUAGAUGCAUGAUAAUUCAUAUGCAUAGGGCAUUAGUUUUCAUUAAGACUCUCCCAAAGGAUCUGUGGGAUCAUUAUUCAGGGAAGGUAACAAGGUCCAUAUGUCAAUGUCUAUGAAUAUAAAUCAAAUAUAAUGUAUGAUAUAGUAUUAUCAUACAUAUAUCAAAAUUCACAGGUAGAUGGGUGAAUCUCAC